CCAGCUAGCUUGCCCUGUCACGUAAAUGCUAUGGUUAACCGAAGGAUCAGCAACGAUCUCAAAGACUGCGCACUUCGGCUGUGGAAUCAUGGGUGGGAAUUGGCAGACAUCUGUGAAGCAUUUGGUGUCAGCGAGAGGAGGGGCCUGAGGAGUUGCUACCGCUGGCGACGGAUCUUUGAGGAGUGUGGUACUGCAACGAAGCCCCCUUCUCCACUCACGGGACGAACUCGAACAAUCACGCGAGCCCUGCUAACAGCCAUCGAAGAUCUCUUCACUGUGGACUCUGAUCUUUUCCUUGACGAGGUUUGCACUUGGCUUGCAGUCGGCCAUGAUAUCGUUGUCAGUACCUCUACCCUAUCGCGCAACCUCAAAGAAGCUGGUCUCACA